CGUGUGACAGUGUUUAUUUUUUAUUCUUACUAAUUUAUAUAUUGAAAAAGUAAUAUAAAACAGAAACCAAAACGGCUUUAAUACGCAGAUUAUUUUCGGACAUUUGUACAGUAAAUCGAAAUUUAAAUAAAAUGGUUGUUCAACAUCAUGUUAAAGGAUAUGAAGAAUUUACAAAAUUAAUGGAAAAAAUUGAAAAUACCGAAGAACCAAUUCAUGUAUUGUUCAGUGGUGGAAAGGAUGAAAGCGGUAACAGCUGGUGUCCUUAUUGCGUGAGAGCUGAACCGAUUGUUGAGGAGGCAUUGAAAAGUGCUCCAGAAACUAGCCAUUUUGUUCAUGUUGAUGUUGGCGAAAGAGCAUAUUGGAAGGAUUUAAAUUGUCCGUUCCGAAAAGAUCCUCGUACACAUUUAGUAUUUCUUCCCACCCUUCUUAGAUGGAAAUCUCCACAAAGACUCGACGGGGAAAGAGUUACUAAAAAAGACUUAGUUGAAAUGUUGUUAUUGGACGAAUAAGAACACAGAAAAGUGCUUGAAGAUAAAUAAAAAAAAAUGUGUGCAUUAACACCAAAAAAUACAAUAAAUUAUAUGUGGUAUCAAGUAUAAUAUAUUGAUGUAGGUAUCUACCUAUAAUUGAUUAAACUACUGAUAAUAAUUUUUUUUAAUAUGUAAAGCAAAUAGAGUAAUAAUCGUAAUAAUUUGAAUAAAGGUGUAAUAUAUGAAA